ACAGUUCCUGUCUAGUGCAUAAUACAAUCAACUUUCCAUAUAGUUUAACACAGUUGUUUAUACAUAUUUAUGUAUCGUUGUCAUGGUUAAUGUGAUAAAUGUCACAUGCAGUCCUGUUGAAUUCCACCUUAUAAAUUCAGACGAAUAGAUUCAAUGUUAUUAUACGAAUACGGAUAUUUUUUAUUACUAAAUAUCCAUGAUAGAAGGAGAGAAUUCAUGUGUACGUUGUUUGCGCAGUUCACCAAUUGCAUCGUUGAUUGGUUUUAUUAUUGUGCUACUGGGCGGAGGUGCUUUCGGUGGAGCAAUUAUUUUUGCAAGACGCUAUUUAAUUACACUGUUAAAUGCUCCAAAUCUGUUUCCAUAUUUGGAUUAUGCAAUUUAUGGUUUGGUAGGAGCUAUCGGAUUGUUUUCACUACUAGCCUAUCUGCUAUGCGCUUUGUCUUCUGGUUGGAAUGCAAAACACUGCUUCGAAAGCAGUCGAAAGGCUUGUUGCGGGCGCUGCUGUAAUAUGACUCUUAUUAUACUUCUAGUAAUUGCUGUCAUAUUAUGGUCAGCAAUCGCAUGCCUAGUGAGUUACCCAGUUGUUAGUAUUGCACUUCUGCUCUACCGAAAUGAAGGACCAACUCGAUUGAGGUUAGCCUCUGUUGGACGACUUAGUACAAGUUAUCAUGAAUUACCAGCGGAAUUUAUGGCUCCAAGCAAUAGUUAUACGCGUGAAAUGUUGGAUUUAAGUGAAAGACAAAUGAAACGACGUGAUAUUGAAGAAUGGCUUCCUGAUCAGUCUGGUGGUAUCGAUUCUAUCGAUAACAAAAAUGUCUUGAUUACAGAUGAAGUUCGUGAGAACUUACAAACGGAUGCAUCUAAUCUAAAUAAAGGUAUCUUGGCUACAGCAACAAGUCCAAAAAUGGUUGAUCAGCCACCUCCCGUAAUAAGUUCAUCUGAUGGAAAGUCAUCAACUUUAAAACUUUCGUCAGAAAAGUUGUUAAAUACAGUGAUGGAACGUGCUCUCAGUGUUCCCGAAUCAAUCAAAUUAUUUUAUCAGUGUAGUCAAGAUACAUUUGAUUUAUCUUAUUACGGUUUAUAUGAUCAAAAUGGUCUUCCUAUACAUAUAGCUAGGGCGAAUUUCACCGAAAGAAUACAUGACAUUUUGGUCUGCGUUGUUAUUGCUAUUGCUGGUAUUUUCCUGUUGCUGUUUGGUUACAUACAAAUAGUUAUUUGCACUGCAAUGAAUUAUGCCAGAAUGCAAGAGGCAAGAUAUUAUGAGACCUCGGAUGCCGGUGAAGAGGGUGUCGCGCUACAGCAAUAAGAAAGAAUAAGGAGUGCCUCAUUUCUGUAAAAUAGUUUGCUCAGAGACUAUUCCUCUAGUGCAUGAAGCUCAAACAACAUUCACAUGUUCAAAUCAUUAAAAUAUUUGUUGAACACACAGAUAGAAACAAUAAUCAAAUAAUCAUACGUAUAAAAUGAAUACGUUUCAAAGUUUUGAUUCGGAAGUUAUAAACACUUUCAAAGGAAUUAUUAUACCAGUGGUUAUUGUUUCACUCAAAGCCAAUUUCAUGAUUGUUCUUGGUUUAGAACAUUUUCUGCGUUAUUUUUAUCAUUACUAUUGUUGUCGUUGUCAUCACUGUUCUGCCAUUAACAGAAUCAAAUAACUUUUCUGUCUUAUGUUCCAAGGUGAAUAAUAUCAUUUUUUGCAUUUUCUUUCAACUUCUGAUUUAUCUAUUGUAUUCGCGUUCAAAGUAAGUCUGAAGUAAACAUGCUGCAUUCACCUCGCGUAAACCUUUGAUAGGCUUUAAAUUGAGUACGUUCUCACUUAGACCAAAUAUUCAAUUAUUUAUUAAAAUUAACCACAGUAAUAAAACCAAGUUAUAAUUGUAUUUACUUGAUUUAUUCUCUUAUACCCUAGAAAUCAAUAUUCUAUAUUUCAUUUCUAUGCUAUGCAUUUGAUCUUUUUACAAAAAGAUGAACCUGACUGCAGCAACAGACAUUCACACCUUCAUACGUGUGCAAUUACUGACAGCUUCCUUUGUAUAAGCUUGAAGUAUUUUUCGAUAUCAGUGUUUGCUUAUCCCUAUUGCUUUCAUUUUAAGGCAUACUCUCAGUAGUAUUACUAUAUAAUAUCAUUUACGUAAUUGUGAUCACUAAUUAUCUGAAUAUAUUCCAUGCUUUUUUUCUAUUCUGUCUCAAAGUUACUUUUGUUUUAUUCCUAGGUGAAACAAUAAAUUCAUGUUCAACUGAUGAAGUUUUGAAAACACGACUCUUACUUCAUUCAAUUCCUUAUGCUUUUUAUCCAUUUUCCUUUAUAAUAAUAAUUCACUGUUUUAUCUGGUUAUUUUCUAUGAAAUUCAUAACAUUACUGUUGUAACUGUGAUUGAUAACAGUCUAACAAUUGUUGUUUAUGUGUUUUUUGCCUAAUUUAUUAAUAUGCCAGCUGUUUCAUAUGG